CCCACCCACCCCCGCCCUGGCGCGCACAGCGGGGCUAGAAAACUCCCUGGGACCCUUGGGGCGCCCGGGAGGCCGACUGUGGGCUGCAGAGGCGCCGUAAACAAGCUCCGAGCAGACGCGCGACAGCGGCCAGAGCCACUGCCUGGGAGCAAGCUCCGUCCGCCCCCGCGAUCCCUUGGCCCGGGUCCGAGAGUCGCCCGGCUUGGGGGGACGUAGCUUGAGUCAGCCCAGCCCCUGGGCUCUGGCUUAAUCUGACCCAGGAGAUGGGACCCACUCUGAAGAAUUCUGUGAGAAGGCCACCUCCUCCCACAUUUAGACACUGUGGCUCUCCAAUGGAUCUGGUUCUGUGACCCUAUGAGGAAAGUAAUACUUUUCCCCUUCCUUACCCAGCCCGAGGGGUUAUGACCCAGGAUCCCCCAAAAGGGAGACAUCGAAGGGGAAAGAGAGCUGAGGACUCUCAGGCUGCUGCCAGAGCUACCACAACCAUGUAUACCUUCCUCCCUGACAACUUUUCCCCAACCAAGGCCAAGCCAUCCAAAGAGCUAAAGCCCAUGGUGGGAUCUGUAGUCCUAGGACUCCUGCUGGUCUUGGCAGCCGUAGUUGCUUGGUGUUACUACAGCACAUCUCUCCGGAAGGCAGAGCGCCUUAGGGCUGAGCUGUUGGAACUCCGGACAGGUGGCUUCUCCAUUCGAAACCAGCAGGGGGAGCAAGUCUUCCGUCUGGCCUUCAGCUCUGGGGCUUUGGACCUGGAGUCCUGCGCCCGGGAGGGUGACAUCUUGAGUUGUUCUCGGUCCACCGCAGGCCCCCUCAAUUUCUUUAUCCAGACGGUGCGGCCCAAGGACACUGUCAUGUGCUACCGUGUGCGCUGGGAGGAGCUGACUCCAGCCCCUUCCGUGGAGCACACCAUGUUCCUGGGGGAUGUGCACUGGUAUGGUGGUGCCGAGAUGCGGACCCAACACUGGCCCAUCCAACUGGCCGGCCUCCAGGCGCCGCAGCCCUUUGUCACCAGUGAUGUGUACUCAUCUCGGGCUGCCUUUGGUGGUAUUCUUGAGCGAUACUGGCUGUCAUCCAAAGCGGUGGCCAUCAAGGUCAAUGACUCGGUGCCCUUCCACCUAGGCUGGAAUGCCACUGGGCGCUCUCUCCUGUUACAGGCCCGCUACCACAACACCUCCUACAAGCCACCUGUGGGCCGGGGGCCGCUGCCUGAGCUCAGUUACCGUGUUUGUGUGGGUUCUGAUGUGACAUCGAUCCAUAAGUACAUGGUGCGGCGUUACUUCAAUAAACCCUCCAAGGUGCCAGCCCGAGAAGCCUUUCGUGACCCAAUCUGGUCCACUUGGGCCCUCUACGGGAGAGCGGUAGACCAGGACAAGGUGCUGCGCUUUGCCGAGAAGAUCCGCAAAUACCGCUUCAACUGUAGCUACUUGGAAAUCGAUGACAUGUACAUGCCCGCCUACGGGGACUUCACCUUUGAUGAAGCCAAGUUCCCCAAUGCCACCGAGAUGUUUAGGAAGCUGCAAGAGGCUGGUUUGAGGGUCACCCUGUGGGUGCACCCCUUUGUCAACUACAACUCCUCCAGCUUUGGGGAAGGCGUGGAGCGAGGGCUUUUUGUCCGGGAGCCCACAGGGCGGUUGCCAGCCCUGGUGCGCUGGUGGAAUGGCAUUGGUGCUGUCCUGGAUUUCACCAACCCAGCUGCCCGGGAAUGGUUCCAGGGUCACCUGCGGAGACUUCGCACCCAGUACUCGAUCUCCUCCUUUAAGUUCGAUGCUGGCGAAGUGAGCUACCUGCCCCGGGAUUUCAGCACGUACCGCCCACUGGCUGAUCCCAACCUUUGGAGCCGGCGCUACACGGAGAUGGCGCUGCCUUUCUUCUCACUGGCUGAAGUGCGCGUGGGCUACCAGUCACAGAACAUCUCUUGUUUCUUCCGCCUUAUCGACCGCGACUCAGUGUGGGGCCAUGAGCUGGGUUUGCGCUCCUUGAUCCCAGCGGUGCUGACCAUCAGCAUGCUGGGUUACCCCUUUAUCCUGCCUGACCUGAUAGGCGGCAACGCAGUGCCCGGGCAUACAGUUGGCGAGGGUGGGGGGAAUGCCGGAAUACCAGAUCGUGAGCUCUAUGUGCGCUGGCUGGAGGUGGCGGCCUUCAUGCCGGCCAUGCAGUUCUCUAUCCCGCCCUGGCUUUACGACCAGGAGGUGGUAGAGAUAGCGCGGAAGUUCGCAGCCCUGAGGGCGGAGCUGGUGGCGCCUCUGCUGCUGGAGCUGGCUGGAGAGGUGACCGACACCGGCGAUCCCAUAGUGCGGCCUCUCUGGUGGAUUGCACCUGGAGAUGAAGCAGCUCAUCGAGUGGAUUCUCAGUUCCUUAUUGGGGACACGCUGCUUGUGGCCCCUGUGCUAGAACCGGGGAAGCAGGAGCGUGAUGUGUAUCUGCCCGCGGGGAAGUGGCGCAGCUACAAGGGAGAACUCUUUGUCAAGGCACCCAUCCUGCUCACUGACUACCCUGUGGAUCUGGAUGAAGUUGCCUAUUUUACCUGGGUGUCCUAACCCUGCUUCUCCUAGAAACCUCAUUGUCCAGGAACCCUGACCUCGGAACCUCCUCUCCCCCCCUCCCCUUCCCCCCAGCUUCUUAGAGAGCCUGUCCUGGUAACACCAUGGCUGUUACCCCAGACGUUUCACCACAACCCCUCUCCAAAGACUGUUCUAUCCCAUCCUCAAAUCUAGACCUUAAUGCUGACCUGGAGAGACUCUACUCCAAAAGACCUCAACCUUCCCCUCACCAAAACCUUAAUCCUGCCUCUGGACUAAAUUCUUUCUUCCCCAAACACACCUUAAAGCCAUUAACUUACCCCAUCUAUCCAUCUCCAUCUCCUCCCUCCCCAAGAGACUUUGGAAUAGGGUCCUUGGUUCUAUUCCAUCACCCAUUUCUCCUCGACAGUUCCCCAACCCCAAUAUUUUGAGGCAUUUUCUGGUUCCCCUCAUGUAAGGUUUGUCUGAAAACUUUUAGCACACACGUCUACCAUUGUUCCUCCGAGACUGGUAGAGGCGAGGGAAGAGGAAGGUCAUAAUCAUAGUCCCACCCUAUACCCUCCCCUACCCAAGAGAAAGUCAUAUGAAACUCCUUCCACAGCGAGGGUCUGCAUUCUCAUAGCCCAAGCUAGGGUCCUGCUCCCAGGAUGCAGUGUUUCCAUCUCCUAAGACCCUGGCUCCCAUUGCAUUCUGGGACUUGUAGUCUCCUUGGGUAGAAAGGCAAGAACUACCUUAUGUGCCACAAACUACCAUAGACUACUAGAACCAGAAGGAAACUUAGUGAUCAUCUAGUUUGAGAGAUUAAAAAAAAUUUAGAAACGUAUUAGAGGGGUGGAAGGUAAGGUGAGAAGACUGAAGUUAAAGUAGGGAGUCUAUUUCUAACUCCCAAGGGGAUAAGAGUUUUGUAGUCCUAGCCUUUCAGCCCGUUGUCAUACUCCUCCCCCUCCAUAUGCCCACUUUCCCAUUUUUCUAUUGGACCAUUUAAUGCUUCUUAUGAGUCACACAUGCUUGUGACCCCAAGUCAAAGACAGGACAGCAGGAGCUUGAGGGUGUCAAAGGUCAUCACCUCCUCACCCCCCCCCCCUUUUAGGUCUUCUUUGCACAUGGUUGGUCAUUAAAAGCACAAAGAUGAAAUCUGCCUGGAUUGAGAGUGGGAUGUCUCCUGUCCCUCCCUACCUUCUACUCAGUCUCCACCUCCUUGUUUCUCAUCUGGGAGUUUUCUUCUCAGAACAAACUUCUGUAGGGAAGUGGAACUGAGUUAUGGGUCUGUGAGGUGACCUCUCUUGCUCCCUUUUCCAUUAAAUAAUUCCAGCCACCACUACUUACAAUUCUGGCAGUAUUCCUCAUCUCUUCCUCACUUUGAUAUAAGUCCCUCUCCCCAUGAACUACCAUAGAUAUUAAAACUGGAACGAAUCUUAGUGGUCAUCUAGUUUGAGAGAAUUUUUUUAAAAAUAGGAAAGUAGAGGAAGGGGAGCAGGUAGGGUCAGAAGAUUGAAGUUAGAUUAGGGAGUAAAACCCUAUUUCUGACUCCCAAAGGGAUAUGGGCUUUGUGGUCCCAUCCCCAUACUCUUUUCCCUCCAUAAGAAAGAAUGUGGGGCUAACCAUCCCCAACCCUGACAAAUCUUAGGCUCAGCUAUACCCUCAUAACUGUGACCUUGAACCCCUCGUCCAUCACAUCUGGGCCUAGGCUUCAUCAUGAUUCCCAUUGAUGCCCCUCUUUGAGAACGGGCAUCCAAGUGUGUAGUCUGCCCAGUGCUGGCCUUAGUUCCCCUUCCCUUCCACUUUCCUGACCCCAAUUUAGGAAAAAGAAGGGGUGGCUGGACAUAGACUAUCAGGAGCCCUUGGGGCCAGAGGUCUCCUCAGGACAUCCUAACUGAGCUUGAAGUAUUAGAGGUUCUUGUUCCCAUGCUAUGGUCUUUACCCCUACUAUACCCCAGGGGCUGGGUUGACAAAGAGAGGACAGAAUGGAUCAUAUGUCCUAAUGCUGCACUGACCUCGCCUUCCCCAAGGCCUAUCUGUUCAACACUGCCCCAGUCAGACACACAGAUGGGUCAGGAAUGCCUUAAUGUGAGAAUUCACCCUGUGUGUAUGUGACUAUGUAUUUACAUGACUGUAAAUUUCCAUGUAUAUGUCAAUAUUUGUCUCUUUCUCUGUGUAAUUAUGGAUAUGGAUGUCUAUAGGACUAGGUAUUUGUGUGUGGCUAUCUCUUUUUGUGAUUGUCCAUGAGUCUUUUUUUUCUUCCUGUGACCAGGUAUAUAUACUUAACUGGAUAGUUCUUGUAGUGAUUGUCUCUUGAUGGGACUAGGUACAUGUGUAAAGGCUCUAUGUGACUGGGUGUGGCUGAAUAUCUGUGUAAAAACAUAAGUGUCUGGGGUAGGGGCUAGAUGUCUGUGUUAUAUCAAAGCCUGAGAUGGACUAUGUGUCUGCAUGUAUGAAAAAGUAUUGUGAAAAGGUUGAUUGGUUUGUUGGGUUUUUGGGGGGGAGGGGGGUAGGAGGGGGUCCUGAAUAUCUGUCAGUAUGUGAUUAUGCAUGUGAUUGGGUAUUUGCUUUUAUGUGAAUAUGUAUGUGUAAGAAAGGUGUCUAGCUAUCUAUGUGGGGGGAGAUGCUUGUGGCUGUGUAUUUGGGUGUCUGUGAAUGUAUUUCUGUGGCUGGAUAUGUGUAUGCAUGUGUGAAAGAAUCUCUCUGAAUGUGUAUUGUGUGGUGGAGCAUCUGUGUGUCUUUGUAAUUUUGUGACUGUGUAUGUAUAUAUGGGAGAGAGAAUCUGGCUGGGUACCUAUGUCUCUGUGGCUUAGUAUCUGUAUUUAUAGUAAUAUUUUCCAGUAGCUAGAUUUUUUUGUUUAUAUGGACCUGUGUGUAUUUGAAUGUCUUUCUCUUUGACCAGUACGUUUGUAUGCGUAGCUUUGUAUCUGUGUGUGUGUGUGUGUGUGUGUGUGUGUGAGCUAUGUAUGUGUCCAUGAGUGGCUACAUCAGCCAGUCAACAAGCAUUUACUAAACUUUUACAAGCUAAGCAUUAAGGAUGCAAAGGAAAGCAAAAAAGACUCUCUUCCUUCAAGUUCAUAUUCUUUUUUUAAAAAUUAAUUUCUUUUCUUUUCUUUUCUUUUCUUGGCAAUGAGGGUUAAGUAACUUGCC